UUUGGGUCUCCUUGACGACUAUACGUAAAUAUCCGACAUUGUAGUGUUGUGAGCUGACAGUGGGGAAAGACUGCGUUUGUAAAAAUAGGAAUUUGUAGAAAAAUUAAAGACGUCGUAAGAUCUACAACAUAAUGCCUGGCAGUGCCAUCAGUGCAGCUACGCACAGCAGUGCUUCAUCAGCGUCCCGAAGGGCAAAGACAAAAAAUUACCGAGUUGUGAGUUACACUUCUCAGGUUGAUGAAAGUUUAUUUGGUACACCAAACAAAGCCGCUCAGAGAGAUCUAAAAGGAUACAGCGAUGGGAAUGACUAUUUAUUUCAAGAAAGCGAACCAAGAAGUGCCAAGAAGAAGAGCAGUGGGAAGAACAAGAAGGAGACUGUCCAAGUUAUCACAAAGGAUCUUAUCAGAAAUUUAAUAGUUCCAAAAGAAGAUCCAUCUGGUGUAUCAAUCAUUUUAGAGGGCUAUGAUUUCAACCGCAUCAAAAAUGCUUCCAUUGUUAUGACACAAGAACAAAAGAUGGCCGAGCUGGAAAGAAUUAAGAGGGAAAAAGAGAUGGCUCAGGAGGAGGCCACUGCCAGGAAGCAGAUGAUGAAGACAAUGGACAUCAACAGGCAGAAGAAUGGCAAGCUGAAUGACUUGGAGCAGGAGGCCAAGGAGAAAGCAGAACACCUGCUUGAGAAGGCUAACUUACAGAGGCAGGAGCAGGAAGAUGAAAUCAAACAUCUGAAUGAGCUCAUACUGAAUGCCAAGUGUCAUGCCAUACGUGAUGCCCAGGUCCUGGAGAAGGGCCACAUCAAGACGGAGAUGGAGGAGGAAGAGAAACGCUUGGACAUGAUGAUGGAAGUAGAGCGUGUCAAUGCCAUUGCCAUGCAGGAGGAAAUUGAGAAAAGAAGAAAAGAAGAGAAGCUGCUGGGAGCUGCUAAGGUUUUGGAACAAAUUCAGGAUAAUGACCAAGAGCGUCUGUUUGAGCUCGAGAGGAAAGAUCAAGAAAACAUCCAAAUGCAAAAAUAUCUCAGAAAGCUGAUGGAGGAGGAUGAACAGAAGCUGGAGAAGAAACACGCCGAGGCAGCAGCAUUGAGGGAAGAGCUGAAUCGCGCCAAUGCAGAUAUGCUGCAGAGAAAAGAACUACAAGCAGAACAAGAGAAAUUGGCAGAACUCAAAGUUGUGGAAUACCAGAAACAGAAAGCUGAAAGAGAAGCAGCUUUUGAGAGAGAACAGGAAAGAAUACGAAUUGAGAAGGAAAAGGAAACUGCAAGAAUGCGUGCCUUGCAAGAACGUGCACGGGACGAGCAGGCAGAGAGAGAUGCUCUACGUGCAAAGCGUGCACAAGAACAAGCGGAGCGUGAGUGGCGUGCCAAGGAAGCCAUGGAGCAACGCAAGAAAGUUGAAACGGAGACCAUGCUGAAGGUAGCGCGGGCCAAGCAGAUGGACCAGAAAGAGCACUUCUUGGCAGUUCAGGCACAGAGGGAGAGGGCAGAGUUUGAGAGAGUCCUUAGAGCACAAAAAGAACUUGUGGAGAAGGAGAAGCGCCUGGAGGUUGAAGGCAUGAAGAAAAGGUACAGACAUGCUGACGACGUGCGGCUGCAGAUCAGAGAGAAGGAGGAAGAGAAGAUAAAUGCAAGAAACGCUUUCUUUGAGGAAGGUGUGAAACUGGAUGAGGAGGCCAGACAAAGAAGGCAAAAGUUAGAUGAAAUAAAGAAGAAAAAAUUAGAUGAUCUAAGGUCCCUUGGAAUCCAUGAUAAAUACAUUGCCGGAGUGGAAAGAAAAAUAAACCAGCCUCAACACAUAAGUGCAUAAUUCUUCACAAUAUUCAAAGACAAUAAACAAACCCAGUCCAGUUAAUCUCAACACUCACCAAAAAUGAAAUGCAUUUAUUCUGCUGUCUCCAUUUUAACAUAUUGUAACUGACUUCAGUCUUAUCGUUGAUGGACAUUAUUGAUUGGGGAAGAGAAUUUACAUUCAGAAUGAAAGAUUUUAAGUCAUUUGUUGCUAUUUUUUGUCUGUAGUCACUCAAGUUUUGUAUGGAUCAGUCCAUUUCUUUAACCUGAGAAUUUAUUUGAGACUGGAAAAAUAUGUGUAAAUAUGUAAAUAUUUAUAUGCAUUAAUAAUGUUAACGUCAUGUCCUCGGUGUAGUGGUUGGCCAAAAAGAAAUCAUCUCCUAGAAAAUUUUUGUUAAAAUUUCUUCAUAUGGAAUAUUUGUUUGCUAUGUAAAUAAAGAAAAGGCAUUUAAUAAACAAU